CGUCGACGUCAGAGGUGGGCGGCGGAGCCCAAUUUAGUUUUUGGCGGGAUCCUCUGUGGACCGGGAAGAGUACCGGGUCUUAGCCAAGGCCCCUCAUUGUGUCUCCUGGACCGCCUACCUGAUCCUCCUUGUCAUCUCAGCUGUUCUUUUGACAACAUGGAUGUGGAGGAAGACGACUUGUGUCUCCUGACAUCUCUACUGGAAGAGAAUGAGGCAGUCUUGCCUUGCAGCUCAGAAAAGGAUAAGUCCUUGUCUCUGGGAGACGGGGACCCUGAUGAAUUUGAUGAGCUUUUUGAUGCUGAUGGUGACGGUGAGUCUUACACAGAAGAGGCUGACAGUGGAGAAGAGGGCAAGACUGGAAACCAGGAGGAACGUUUGGCCACUCUCUUUGGUGAUGUGGAGGACUUGACGGAUGAUGAAGUUCCUACAUCACAAGUUGAAAACAGUGCCCCGCCUACUCCUGCUCCCAACCGAGAGAAAACCAAUCAGGAGUUGCAAGAUGAAUUAAAGAAGCUACAAGAGCAAAUGAAGUCCUUACAGGAGCAGCUAAAAGCUGCAUCAAUUAAACAGCCUUCACGAACAGCACCCUUGCAGGAACCACCUGAUUCAUCUCUGCAGCCCCUGCUUAAGGAGAAGAGAGUUCGGAGAAUUCAGGAGUCGGCGUGCUUUUCUGCAGAGCUUGAUGUCCCCACUUUACCCAAAGCCAAGCGGGUCGCUCAGAAGCCAAAGACUCCUGCAGAGUCAUCUUCAAGGACGAGUACACCCCCACAGCCACUCCAGGUUACUUCCGGUUUUCUAGAGCCUAACCGCUCCUCUUCGAGAUCAAGCACACCCUCACCUCAAGCUGUUCCUGGAAACAAAUGUAGCAGGACAAUUAGAAAUCAAAGCACAGUGACCCCAGGGAAUUCUGGGGAACGGCCCCCGCAGGCUUCCCAGGUCUCUGUGGAAGCCUUCUCAGGCCUACGCCUCAGGCGACCUCGAGUCUCCUCCACAGAAAUGAGCAGGAAGAUGGCAGGCCGGAAGCUAAUCAGACUGCCUCAGAUCAAGGAGAGGAUGGCAGCUGAGAACCUGGAAGAGACAGACUGGGUGACGUUUGGGGUUAUCCUGAGGAAGGCCACUCCACAGAGUGCUACCAGUGGGCAAACAUUUAGCAUCUGGAAACUGAACGACCUUCAUGACCUGACUCAGUGUGUGUCCUUGUUCUUGUUUGGAGAUGUUCACAAAGAUCUCUGGAAGACAGAGCAAGGGACCGUCAUAGGCUUGCUCAACGCGAACCCCAUGAAGCCCAAAGAUGGCUUGACAGAGGUGUGCUUAUCUAUUGAUCAUCCUCAAAAAGUCUUAAUUAUGGGAGAAGCUAUGGACCUGGGAGCCUGUAAAGCCAAGAAGAAGAAUGGAGAGCCAUGUACACAGACAGUUAACUUGCAUGACUGUGAAUACUGCCAGUAUCACAUCCAGGCCCAGUACAAGAAGCUUAGCGCAAAGCGGUCUGAUCUGCAGUCUACUUUCUCUGGGGGACGGAUUCCGAAGAAGUUCCGCAAAGGCACCAGCCUGAAGGAGCGGCUGUGUCAAGAUGGUUUCUACUAUGGUGGUGUUUCUUCCGAAUCCUUCGCAGCAUCCAGGGCAGCGGCCAUCGCUCCUAAGAAGAAGGUUCAAACCACGCUGACCAAUCUGGUUGUCCGGGGCACAAACUCGAUCAUCCAGGAAACAAAACAAAAGCUUGGUAUUCCCCAGAAGAGCUUGUCCUGCUCUGAGGAGUUCAGGGAAUUGAUGGCCCUCCCCACAUUUGGAGCCAGAAACUUACAAAAGCAUCUAGCCAGAGCCAAGGCUUCAGGGAGCUCCAAACCUGCCAUCCAGUCCAUCUCAGCGUCAUCCCUCUUGAAGCAGCAGAAACAACAGAUGCUGGAGAUGCGGAAGAGGAGAUCAGAAGAAAUACAGAAGCGAUUCCUCCAAAGCUCAAGUGAAGUCCAGAGCCCAGCAGUGCCGUCUUCCUCUCGACAGGCUGCUGCUGCCCAGUCUCCUCGAACUGGGGCUGAGUUCCCCAGGUUGGAAGGAACUGCAACCCCACGGAUGCCCAAGCUGGGCAGAGGCAUCUCAGAAGGGGACGAUGUUCUCUUCUUUGAUGAAUCACCACCACCAAGACCAAAACUGAGCGCAGCAGCAGAAAGUAAAAAGUUAGCUGCUAUUGCAAAAUUAAGGGCAAAAGGCCAGAUUCUUACAAAAGUAGAUCCAAACAAUACCGUAAGGAAGCAAAUGGAUGGCCGAGCCGUGCUGGGAGUGAAGGAGCGCGUGGAGAAUAGCAACGCGGCUUCUCCUGAAGAGGAGCUAGAGCCUGCCAGGAAAAAAAGGAGAGAGCAGCUUGCCUACUUAGAGUCCGAGGAAUUUCAGAAGAUUCUAAAAGCAAAGUCCAAGCACACAGACAUCCUGAAAGAGGCUGAGGCUGAGCUACAGAAAUCCUAUUUUGAGCCACUGGUGAAAAAAGAACAGAUGGAAGAAAAGAUGAGAGCCACCCGGGAAGUGAAAUGCCGUGUGGUGACGUGCAGGACGUGCACCUAUACCCACUUCAAGCCUCUGGAGACCUGUGUCAGCGAGCAGCACAACCUCCACUGGCACGACGGUGUGAAGAGGUUUUUCAAAUGUCCCUGUGGAAACAGGACCAUCUCCCUGGACAAGCUCCCAAACAAGCACUGCCGUAACUGUGGCCUCUACAAGUGGGAACGGGAUGGAAUGCUGAAGGAGAAGACUGGUCCAAAGAUAGGAGGAGAGACCCUGCUGCCGAGAGGGGAAGAGCACGCCAAGUUUCUGAACAGCCUCAAGUGACUCUCUUCAGACACCGCCCAAGCUGCCUUACUCCUGUGGCUCUGAAAAGCAAGAGAUUGGCUCUGUGCUGUCCUUUUUCCUGGUUGACUCUGUGAGAAAGAAGUGCUUGGUAAGCACAGUGCCUACCUGCUUUCCUCCAUGUGCUGGCCUGACACCAUAUUUAACACUCAUGUGCAUAUGGGAAACCGGCGCACUUUUCCUUGAGUCACAGAUGCCUGCCCCAGAACUGAAAGGUGACUCAGGAACUUUGCCUCUGUGUCUCCUUCAGUUGUUAACGUGGGCACUAGAGACGAGAGCUAACAUGGCAUGGGUCUCUCCCCACUUCCGAACUCAGUCCUUAUGUGGAACAUGAAGCCCAGGCUGCUUGUCUAUGUAAAGUCCCAACACCCCCUGGUUCUGGAUGGUGAAUAGUGCUGCCUCUGUGUAGUCUGGAUCUACUGACACUGGGUACCAGGGUUUCCUUCUGUUGACUGUGAUUGCAGCUUUUUCUCUGACGUGAAGUCAUCAAGCCAGUUUGUGACUCAGUUCCUUCGUAUAGAGAAAGAAGUUUCUCUGGCUACAGUGCCAUGGGACUCAGAUAGAAAUGCCUAAGCUCUCCCCACCUUUAGUGUGGGUUUAUUUAAAAUAAAGUUUGAUGCUCCUAAUAAAAGCAAAUGUACAACUUGA